AGAGAACUGACUUUUUGAACGGACGAAACACAUGAAAAUUCGAAUCCACGUGCGCGCGCUCCAGCCAGUGCGAUGAACAACUGAUGAAAAAUUGAACUUUUUAAUGGCAAGAUCAAUGAUCGUGAAGUUGAAGUUCGACGAUGGAUCAUGAGAAAACGCGAAUGUUAAAGUGCCGACGAUAAUCGACGAAAGAGUGGCAGGGUUACAUUAGCGCGAGGCGAAAGUCUCCUUUUGGAAAGCGAGGGUGGCCAUUUUGGUUCGUACAUCGGCGAUGGAACGGCGAAGAAUGCCAAGAAGGAGAGGGCUCUCCUCCGGAGAAGUUCGAACCGAAUUAUCAGCGACCGCGUCCACACAACAAUCGGAAGUAAUAGUGAGGCUGCUGCCUAUCAACGGCAAUACCGUGAUCACUGGAUGCAAAGGUCGGCCACAGAUUUGUGGAAAAGAGGCGGCCUGUCGCAGCUUCAAGGACAACACGUCGAAAUGCGUUUGCCCCCACGAUCUGUCAGCACCGACGACGGACCUAAAAUGUCCAAAUCGUCUAACAGUUCCCCUAACACCUCGACCUAUACCUAAUAUAAUACCCCCAAAUGGUAAUUCUACGAACAGCACGACUGCACUUCCAGAAGCUGAACAGUAUAUUCAUAUUGUUCAACAGGUAGAACGGACGAGGCAAAGAGUACCUGAAAUAAUAGGAAUCGCCAUAGCUUUCGUCACGAUAUUAGCGAUAUUGUUGAGUAUAGUUUACUGCGUGAGGAAACGGAGUUACAACGUCAAGUCACAAAGGAAUUCGCUGGAUGCAACACCGAUCAAUCUGAAAAAGGGAUUGCUGCUAGCAAAUAAGUACACACCUAAUCCACAGUAUUUUAGUUGCGCCUCGCCAGAAGUGGCAAUUUUGCAACGCGAAUCUCUUGUAUUUUUAGAGGACAUCGGCGAGGGUUGCUUCGGCAAAGUGUACAAAGGAGAAUUGUGUCUGGGUGACUCGUCGAAAGAGAUCGUCGCGAUAAAAGUCUUAAAAGAAACUGCGUCCCGCGAAGCGGAAGAAGACUUCAUGCGCGAGGUCGACAUCAUGUCCACGUUUGGGCACAGAAAUAUCUUGUCGCUGAAGGGUGUCGUGCUUCGAGAGGGUAGCAGUAGCCCGUGGAUGGUUUUCGAAUACAUGCCUUACGGGGAUCUUGCCGAAGUUCUGCGCUCGAACUCUCCACAAUUCGGUAGAUCGGCGAAACCCGGCCUGCAGCCUCUGACCCAGGAAUCUCUACAUUGGAUAACAAUCCAAAUUGCGGCUGGCAUGACUUACUUGUCCGGUCAAAGGUUCGUCCAUCGUGAUCUGGCGUGCAGAAACUGUCUAGUUGGUUCGGACCUCGUUGUCAAGAUAGCAGAUUUCGGAAUGUCACGAGAUGUGUAUACUUGCGAUUACUACAAGAUAGGAGGCUCUAGACUUUUACCGGUUCGUUGGAUGUCGCCGGAAAGCGUGAUGUACGGACGUUUCACGCUGGAAAGCGAUGUAUGGAGCUUCGGUGUUGUUCUAUGGGAGGUCUAUUCUUUCGGCAAACAGCCAUAUUACGGACACAACAACGAGGAAGUAGUGAAGUUAAUCUUCCAAGGAAUAAUGCUCAUACCCCCGGAAGGAUGCCCGCCGUUUGUUUGCCAGUUGAUGAGAGAUUGCUGGAAAACCGACCCUAAGGACAGAAUCAAGUUCUCAGAGAUAUUAGAAAGGCUCGAGAAAGCUAAGAGUAAAUCCGUUCAACAAGACACGUUGCCAAGACCACCCCAGGGACCAGUUACCAUUCGUACACCAGACUUGUUGGAUCCUGAUGGUUAUUUGUUGCCAGCGCCGACCAAACCGCACGAAUAUUUGCAAACGUUGCCGGCUUUGUCCGAUUGACAGGUGAUUCAACAAAAAGGAAAGCCAGCACUUCGACAGACGAUAAUUUAUGAAUUUGAGUUGU